CCGCCGGGGCUCGUCAUGCUGGGGGCCCGGGGCGGGUGGCAGGCCCUCCGCCGCUGUGCCUCCCUGCCGCGGGCCGUGCGGCUGCGGGUGCGCGAGGCGCUGGGGGCGCGGGAGCCGGCGGACGCGGUCAGAGUGCAGGGCUGGGUCCGCUCUGUCCGAUCCCAGAAGGAAGUUCUGUUCCUGCACAUAAAUGAUGGGAGUUCUCUGGAAAACCUCCAGGUGGUUGCUGAUCCUAGCCUGGAAAAGAGAGACCUGACUUUUGGAAGCGCAGUGGAAGUGCAAGGGAAGCUUGUCAAAAGUCCUCACAAGAUGCAAAACAUGGAGCUGCAGGCUGAAACCAUUCAUGUAGUGGGACCUUGUGAUAUUUGGUCAUUUCCCCUGAAGAUGAAGGAGAGRCACCCACUGGAGUAUGUCCGACAGUUCCCUCACCUGCGGUGCAGGAACAACACCCUGGGCUCCCUCCUGCGAAUCCGCAGUGAAGCCACUGCAGGCAUCCAUUCCUUCUUCCAGGAUAAUGGAUAUGUGCAUAUUCAUACUCCGAUAAUUACAUCCAAUGACUGUGAAGGUGCUGGGGAGCUCUUUCAAAUUGAGACAUCAAGUGAGGCAAAGGAAUCCGCAGAAAAGACUCAUUUCUUCAAUGUGCCUGCCUUCCUGACAGUUUCUGGCCAGCUCCAUUUGGAAGUAAUGGCAGGAGCUUUUACUCACGUGUUCACCUUUGGCCCAACGUUCCGAGCGGAAAACUCUCAGAGUCGCCGGCACCUGGCCGAGUUCUACAUGGUGGAGGCUGAGCUGUCCUUCACUGAAAGCCUUCAGGAUAUCAUGCAGGUUAUGGAAGAUCUUUUCAAGACAGUGACGAGUACUGUACUCUCCAAAUGUCCUCGUGAUGUUGAGCUUUUUCAUAAAUACAUAGCUCCUGCACAGAAGACCAAGGACAGGUUGGAACAAAUACUGAAGCACAAAUUUAUGAUAAUUUCCUACAGUGAAGCAGUGGAAAUUUUGAAGCAAGCUCCUCAAACUUUCGUUUUCAAGCCAGAGUGGGGCUGUGACCUCCAAACAGAACAUGAGAAGUACCUGGUGAAGUACUGUGGUGAGGUUCCUGUGUUCGUGGUUAAUUACCCGUACGACCUCAAACCUUUCUACAUGCGGGACAACGAAGAUGGACCUCAGCACACAGUUGCAGCUGUUGAUCUCCUUGUACCAGGAGUAGGGGAGUUGUGUGGAGGCAGCUUGAGAGAGGAGCGACUGCCCUUCCUCGAAUCACGCUUACAGAGGUUAGGACUCACAGAUGCCUAUCAAUGACAAUGUAACUUCCUGGAGAAGAUUAAAUCUGUUGUUACCCCCUGCCCUAGCAGGGCCUAGUGUCCUAGGAAGGUGCAGCAUAGCAGUAAUUCUGGAUGCUUCUGGACUGCAGUCCAAAAUCUGCCAGAAUACAGGUAGGUGGUUUGCCAGCAUCCAUUUUUUCAGUGGAGGUGGUAGGAGAGACUAAAAUUAAUCUYCUCCAAUUUAGUGAUUGAAUUGAGUCUCCAAAGCUGGCUCCAAACUCCUAGAAGAACAGUUGAGUCAUUCCUUUUUAAAUAUAGUAUUUGCUGAUUUUUGAAUGUGAUCCCUUUUGAAGUUCUUUACCCAUUGCCAUAUCUCUGAUUCUACCUAUUUUCUUCUCCCCACUAAGCAAGAGAAUAUUCUGGGGUCUGACUGUUUCUAGGACAGUUUCAGGAUUGCCUUGUUUGUGGGAGAAUCGUAGGGCAGAGGCAGCUGAUGAUCUGAAAUACUGCUCUGCUUCUUGCCAUUCCUACCUUUUAGGAAGUUUUUCCAAAGAUAAAGGGACAUGGUCAAACUUUAUGAAUCUUCUUCAGUUCACUACAUCUUUCCUGUUGAUAGGGUUUCUUUCCCUAUCAAAUAUGAGUUGGAGUGGUAUUUAGCUUGAUAUUUUAGUUAUUUGAUCUUAUUUUCACACUUUCUCUUUUGAACUGUAGAUAGAAAAUAGCUCAGAGCUGUAGCUGAUGAUCUUGGCUAAAGGUAUGUGGAAAUGAGGUGGGAAAGGCGAAUGAUGAGAGUACUCUGGGAAUUCCCUUGAUUUCUCUUCCACCAGGGAGUAUUAACUAUAUUGCAUUGUAAAUAGGGGAAUUGAUCCUAUUUGCAGCCUCCAGGUGCCAUCUUAAAAGUAACAAAGCGGGUACUUUGUAAUGAACAACAUGUCCCCACCACCAUCAGUGUGAGCAGCAUUUCAGAGAGUCUUCCUACAUGUAAGGUACCCUUUUCUUUAUUCUGAUUAUCACCAUGUGCAUCAGUGGAGAAGAUUGUCUCAUACUGAACCUGUUACAGUCCAGGUACCUUUUUGAUCUUCUGGUGUAACAUUGGUGAAAGUCCACAGUAGCAGAGCAGGGGUUUUCUGCUGUCUUCAAGUGGAUGCUACUGUGUUGUUUUGGCCCUGCUCCUGUACUAGAUGAGGAAGAUUGAGCUGUCUUGGACUAUUAAAUUUCCAAUAUUCUUUGAAGCUUGAAUAUCCGAGUGUUCUGUUGGGUCCUUGUGUGGCAGGGCAAAAAGGAAGAGUUUGACUUAGGGAGAAGAAGCACUGUAGUAGGUGAACUCCUGCAGCCCAUGGGCAGUGAUUACAUUCAUUUCAUCCUUCAACCUUCUUCAGAGCCCAGUGAAAACAGGUAGCCUGUCAUCGUCCUUGGCAGCCACCUGGUCCUAUUACUCCUCUUUUGGGAAGAAACUGGAGCACUGUGCUGGGCCAGACAGAAGCAGGCAGAAUGUCAGGGAGUUUUUUUCUUCUGACCCCUUCCCUCCCCAGUCGAAUAUUCAGUUUCGUGGACUAUAAUACCUUUAUUCUUUCAGUCUUAAUUUUUCAAGCUGGCCACAGAAGCUUUAGUACAGCAAGAGGAUUUCAUAAAAGAUUGAGAUUAUAUUUGUUUUGAAAAGAGACUGAAAGAACACAUUCUGUUUAUGAAUGGUCACUAGGAGAGCACUGUUCUUCAUAGUGCCUUGCUGUACAACACAKGGAGCUCAUGAUGAUCAUAAAAGAAUAUAGAUCUUUAAAAAUAUGAAUGGAAAUGAUCUUCUAACAUAGCACAUAAUGAGCUCCUGGAAUUCAUUGCUGGGGGUUGUUGCUGCAGCACACACCUCAAUAAGAUUCAAAUCUCUGAAGGCCUACCAGUCCUCAGGCCCAGAACAGGAACACCAGGGCUAGCUGGGUUGCAGAAACUUAUUUCCCCUAUGGAGUAAUUCUGCACAGUCCACCAGUUGCCAAUGGAGUGCUCAGCUCUCCUCUUAAGUAUGAGCUACUAGCAAAAACAGCUAGAGUAGCUCAUGACUCUUUGAGGUGAGAAACAUCCAAUGUGUAUAGACUACUGAAUGAAGGAAAACAUCAGGGAGCAUUUUCCAGCCUAAAGGGAUUUUUUCUCUUCAUCUGCAGGCAGUUACUUUUUCUUUCAUCUGUGAAGAAUGGAAAAUUCCUCAAUUCUUCUGCUUCUUCUAAGCACAGUCAUCAGAAAGGAUUCACAGUCUUGAUCCUCAGCACAUUUAAUUCAAUGGACUUUUUCCAUUAACUUUGAUGGGUUUCGUUUCACUCCUUUUGCCAAAAUGGCUUCUCAAAGUGCUUUGAGAUCUACAGAUCAAAGUCCUGGAUAAGCAAGGGUAGAAUUUAUUAUUAUUGUUCAUCUGGAAGAAGCUGAGUUAUUUCAUCUUCUUACAAUGACUUUAUAAACUGUUGCCAGCAGAAGGAGAGAGAAGAUGCUGCGCUUAGUCUCAARUGCCUUUGCACAGGCUGAUGUGCUUAUAGACACCAUCAGAAAUGUUUAUGCUGUUACUUGUAUGUCCAGUUACAGCUAAAGCAGUUACCUGCUGUUUUGCCAUUUCUGCUCAGAACUCCUGAGCUGGGUCAGACUCAUCUGCCACGGUCAGCACCCGUAUCCCUCACAUUUAGGAGGUCUUUCCUGUUUCCCAAGUCACCACCCUCAGCAUCAGCUCUGUCCAUCAUCUUCCUUGCAAAGCUUUGUAAAGCUGUACAGCAGAACUCCCCAAGAGCAGUUCAGGGUAUUUGCAGAGACACAAGUUCUUAAUGCCAUCUGUGUGAAGUGCAUGGAGAUGGAGACCACCCUGCUGUUGCACAGCCUACAUGUUCAUAUCCUAAGCAUAAUCCUCCUCACAAGGUGUGGGGUGCACAUGCACCAGGCCUUAGUGAGCCAAGCUAUCCCAGCAGCACUGGAAGAAAAGCACAUGGGUCCCAGUCAUCACAAAACAURUCCCACUCCUGAGCCUGCUGUUCAACUUGCACUAUAGGCACAACUUCAUUUUGUGUGUCAGUGCUGCUAGGAAGAAGUAAGCUCUGCUUCUCUUUUUGCUAUUUGGGCAGUGGAAGGGAGGGGAAAAACAYUGGGGAAGAAAAAAUGUGAAUAUUGAACUGAGUGUAAUAAAUGGCUUCCCAAAUUUUAACUCCUGUUGAUGAGCUGUAAGGAAAAAUAGUAUUUCAUGAUAUGAAAGGUGUACUGUCAAACUGAGUACCAGGGUAAUCUUGCAACUGUAGAAUUUGUGGGAGAGUACUUUUAUUUUGCAAGUAAGGGUAAUCAUGGCAAUUCUUUGUCUUCACUCUGUUAAAAUACAGUCUUCAAGCCAAGAAAGUGCUGAUGUCAAGGCAAGUACACUCAAAUAUAUAUAAUAUGUAUUUUACCUAUAUAUAUACAUAUAGACAUACACACRGAUAUGAUAUUUUCAUGCAGUUCAUUCUUAGUAUAUAAUAUUUAGGAAGCCAUUUAUUGCAAUCARUCCAGUCUUAAUUUCUUUCCCAGUGUUCUUCCCCUCUCCAAUGCAUAAGUAGUAAAACAUAUGCAUUUAUAUUUAAGUGCACUUGAUUUUUUUUUAAACUGAGAUGAUGAAAUAUUCAUACACCAAGAUUAGAAGCAAGUAAUACAUCUGGAGUCACUCAAUCCCCUGCCAGUGCCUUCAUAUAAAGGAGAAUAACUUUGUGCCCUCAGCAAGCUCAGAAGUGGCCCCAUAAAUCAAUAGAACCACUGAGAUGUUUUUCUACUUCUAUUAAAAUACAAACAUUGGUGACAAUUUAUAGCUGCAAAUACAGUAUCACAUCAUCCACAGUCUCRCUGGGACGUGGGUAACUAUAGAACCAUCAUAAUCUUGUUGACACCCAUAUACUUGGAGUAUCUGCUUCCAAACGUUUUCUGAGUUUUAUGUGCACAACAGGUGCUGUUCUGCAAAAUAAAAUGUCUUGUUCCAGAUCUCAUUUUUAGAGAAGAUAUGUUCAAGUUUUUUUGCUGGCAUACUACAGAAAUAAUGGAUCAGUCUGUAAGAGUGAUUGGGGAAAAAGUAGAAAAAGCCAUCAUAAUUACUUUAAAAGGAAAAAAAAAUGGAGGAGUGUUGAGCAGACAGACAGCAAGACCUAUAUAAUCUUCUGAAGAAAUUACUGGGAAUGAAAUUACUUAAGCUAUUGAAAAGCCAACAGAAAAYGAAAGAACUUGCAGGGCAGAUUUCCACACCAGCAUGGCAACAGCUAAGCAGACAGCUUCAUCUCCAGUGGUGGAAGUGGGUUCUGAUUCUGUAGGAACCUGGGUUUGUGCCUCUGCUAGGAAUAUUUGAGGUACUAAACUACAGAGGUGUCUUCAUUAUGAGAAGAGCCAUAAUGUUAAAGCUGUUCCUCAUACCCAAAUAAAUUCUUGCUCCUAAACAAAAUACGCUGUGUGUAGUGUAGUGGCAGAGCAUAGCUAUGCUGAUUUAAAUGGGUUUAAACUUUUGAGUUUCUGCUAAUUCAAUUCUGCUUCUUCACACCCCUGACCAACACCAGCUGCCCUGGCAGAAAUCACAGUGGUUAAGGUCAAAGGGAAGUAAUUAAGAUGGAGAGCAAAACCCUAGAUGAAAAGCUUGCUCUAAUGACAUCAGCAUAAUUGUGCUGCAAAUGUAACUGUCUGUUUGAA